AUGGCGGAUUCCCAAGUAUUGCCCGAAACCCAAUUAGCAUCUGAGAUCAAUGAUCAGCCCAAGCAAAAACACAUCAUCACUUUCAUGGAUGCUAAAUGGUACAAUGCUGCAGCUGAAGGCCAAAUCAACAAAUUCAAAGAUUACACAGAGCCGCUAGAUCUUUUGCUUAUCAGCAAGUGUCCAUCGCUGCUAGUUGAGCCCAAUAUCAGAGGUGAAACUCCACUGCACAUUGCAGCAAGGUUUGGGCGUAAAAAUAUAGUGGAAUGUCUUAUCGAUAGCAUCAAGAAUGCUCAAGAAGACAUUGAGAGAGGUGCAGAGGCGUCAACAAGUGAUCAGAUGCUGAAGACGACAAGCCCGGAUAAAGAAGAGCCUUGCAUGAGGCUAAAAAAUCCUGAAUUUGCGAACAUAGCUAAUGCCGCCGGAGAAAGCCCGCUUUACCUUGCAGCGGUGAGAGAGAACAAUAUCAUUGCUUCUAAGAUAUUGGAGAUAUGUCUCUCACCGGCAUACACUGGUCCCGAUGGUAGAACGGCUUUGCACGAAGCUGUGAUAAGCGGAGAUGCAGAUUUGACAAGAAAAAUAUUGAAUAAAAACAGCAGUCUGACCAGAGAACAAGACGAAGAAGGAUGGACUCCGCUGCAUUAUGCUUCCUACUUCAAUCUUCUUCCAAUUGUGGAAAUGUUACUAGAAGAUGAUAAUAAAUAUGCUGCCUAUAUUAGCGAGAAUGAUGGAAAGACACCACUUCAUCUUGCGAUUCUCAACGGCGAUAGCCAUUUAAAGGUGGUGGAAAAAAUUAUGUCGGACUGCCCAGAUUGCUGCGACCUGGCUGACAAUAGAGGCCGGAAUGUUCUCCAUUUUGCUGUAGAAAGCGGCAGUUUUAAAGGAGUGCAAAUUAUUACUGAAAAACCUUCCCUGGCCAACCUAAUUAAUCAGAAAGAAAAAGAAGGGAACACUCCGGUCCAUCUAGUAGCUGCUUUUGGCUUUGAAGAUUGUUGUCUUACAGAACACCACCUUGUUGAUAAAAUGGCUGUCAAUAAUGAAAAUUUAACUGGUCUGGACGUGGUGCUAGAAACGAAGCAUAAAAGCAAAUUGCCAUGA